AUUUUCUGCGGCAACACAACUAAGAGCAGAAACUUUAGUAGGAGCCCUAAAAAGAGUUUUCUUUUUUUUUUAAUAGUUUAUUACCCUAAAAUUAGUUUGUCUAGAACUAGGCGCUGUAUUUUUGCAGUAUUUAGUGCGCUCCUAAUAAGCUUUAAAAAUCUACUUAAAAAAAUAGUUUUUAUACUAAGUUGUACUUAUAACUGUAGUAAGUCUCUAAAGUAA